ACUAAGAGACACAUAAAGUGCAAAACCAAACGAAGAACUUGGCGAUUUUCCGAACCCUUUGAUUUUCGCUGGGAAAUCGGGGAGAUCAAUCAAAGAAAUUUUCCGGUUUCGAAGUUGAAAAAAUGUCGGGUGUCACCAAUCAGGAGGAGGACAAGAAGCCUACCGAUCAGUCGGCGCAUAUCAACCUCAAAGUCAAGGGCCAGGACGGGAAUGAAGUUUUCUUCCGGAUCAAAAAGAGCACCCAGCUGAAGAAGCUAAUGAAUGCUUACUGUGACAGGCAAUCGGUUGAGUUGAACUCCAUUGCGUUCUUGUUUGACGGCCGCCGACUGCGUGCAGAGCAGACUCCGGAAGAGCUGGAAAUGGAGGAUGGAGAUGAGAUUGAUGCAAUGCUUCAUCAGACUGGAGGUGGCGGUACUAUUAUCUAAGUAUCUCGAAGACAAAAUAGUUCCUAAAACAUCGUUUGGAACUCUAUAAUUCUCUUACUACUGCUAGUAUGUGCUGAACUUCUGCUGCUGGAUGGUGCUUUUGUCUAUAAAUUACGAUGAAGGAUUUUUGCUUCUUCCAGUUCUCUAAAAGCAAAAGAGAUUUUAUUGGACUCCUUUACUUUAUAUAUAUAUAUAUAUAUGUACAUGCUGCUGAUGUUGAUUCCUGCUGUUUCAUUUUACUGAGUACAUACUGAGGUUGCCUUGUGAUUACAUUUGGCUGCUUGUGUCGUAUCUUUGUAUUUGGGACAUGAGACUUCCAAAACGUGAAAUAACACUACUUGUGAAGGAGAGCUUCGAAGAAAUGUAAAAACAGUGUUUCACCAAGAAGGCUUGAUUCUGCAGUUGUGCUCAAAGCUUUCAAAGCUAGGUAUAUCGAUCCGGAGCCAUCAACGUGCUCGAGAGGAAGUAUGCAGUCUGCUUGGCCUGACAUGUUUCUCUGUUCAGAGAUAUACAUUGUUUUCUAAUGCAGCACAAAGUAUACAUUCAUUACCAAAAGGUCGAAAAUCAUGAUGGAACUGGAGAUUUUGCCAUUGAUCAGCUGUUAUCUGUCUCGUAAUCGGCCUAGAGAUGGUAGUACUUUGUUUUAAUGAAUAAACAACUGAAAAAUAUUUAUCAAGAAAGUUCAUACUUUGCUAUUAGAA